AUGAAAUAUUCAAGUCUCCUUGUUGGAGCUCUACUACAAACUACAGCCUAUGCUGCCGACCAGAAUCUCCGCCGCACUGAUGUGGAAAGCAAACCUCUUGAGAAACCAAACAAGGAGGCUCCUCACAAACAUCAGCCUCGGGGGGCAAAGUCAUCAGAUACGGUGACAUACUUUACCAUGGAAGGAAAGACCAAUAUGAAAGUAAAGAAAGAAAAGAAGGAAGGUACUCAUGAUGAGGGCGAUGGAAGAGAAAGCCGCAUUGUCGGUGGUAGCCAAUCUGAUCCUGGAGAAUUCCCCUAUUAUGUGGAUCUGGGAGGCUGCGGUGGCUCCUUGAUUGCCCCCAACGUUGUCUUGACUGCCGCACAUUGUGGUAGCUACCAAGGGGAGAGUGUUGUUGUUGGAGCGUACCGUUACGAUUCCACUGCCAACAACGCCGUUCGCGUAUCCGUCUCUGCCGACGUCCAACACCCGAACUACGAUGACUUUACCGAAGCCAAUGACUUUCGAUUGCUACGCCUGGCACAAGAUGUUACCAUUGGUGGGUCAAGCGUCGUCCUUUCCAUCAACGAACAAUCCUCCCGUCCUUCCAAUGGCGAAGACUUGACUGUUUUGGGGCUCGGAAUAACCUCCGAAAAUGGUAGCGAGGCAAACAUCCUGAGAGAUGUCGUAGUUCAAGCCAUUCCCACCAGUACUUGCAACCAGCCAAUCAGCUACGGUGGAGAUAUCGAGGACAAUAUGUUCUGUGCUGGAGUGAAUGGAGGGGGCAAGGACAGUUGUCAUGGAGAUUCGGGUGGCCCAAUUGUCAUUCGCAAUGGCAACCAACACGUCCAAGUCGGUGUUGUAUCUUGGGGAGAUGGAUGCGCCCGACCCAACAAGCCAGGGGUGUAUGCUCGAGUGAGCAGCGCGUUCGGAUGGAUUGAACAAGUCGUGUGUGAUCAGUGGAACGUCAAUGCCGACUUUUGCGGUGGAGGUACUACUCCAACGCCACCCAGCCCCACUCCUCCAAAUCCACCACCACCUACUCCAACAUCGCCUGGUCCUACUCCGCCACCACCCUCUCCAACUCCACCAUCAAGCCCCACACCCCCGUCUGGUGGUGGUGAUUGUCCAACGGGCGAGAUGGAGUUUGAUUUCACCAUUCGCACCGAUGAAUGGGGAUGGGAGACUUCUUGGGAAGCCACACGCUCCAGCGGUAGCAAGGUCGCAAGUGGAUUGAACUAUCAGUCGAAUCGAACCUACCGCAAGAACAAAUGCAUCCCAGAGGGAUGUUACACAUUGACUAUCUUUGACGACUACGGUGACGGACUCAGCUCGGAUGGUAACUACGAGUUGAAAGUCAAUGGUCAAGUUGUUGAGUCCAAGAGCGGUUUCGAUUUCGGAUACGAACGGUCUAUUGAUUUUGGAUCCUGCAGUGGUAGUGGCGGCGGCGGUGGCUCUGGUGGGGGCGGUGGGGGUGGAUCAUCCUCUUGCUUACCAAUCACUUUGAACCUUCGAACCGAUGAUUAUGGCUACGAAACCGACCUAUUCCUGCUCACGGAUAGGGGAAAUCUCGUGUGGAAUGCCAAUGGUUUCGCCGACAACAAGGAUUAUCAAUUCAGCACGUGCCUGGACAACAGUGAGUGCGCAACUUUGGAUAUCUUUGACGAGUGGGGAGAUGGUAUUGCAUCUCCAGGGUACAUCAAGCUGGUCGUGGACGGCACGACCUACUUCAAUGGUGGUGACAUUGGCGGAGGCAUAGUCUUUCGCAUCGGUGGAAAUUGCUAA